GGAAUUGCCAAGAUAUUUUCUCGUGUUGCCAAAGCGAUGAGCGCUGCAGCAAGUUCAUCUUCCACCCAGGCUUUAGAGUUUGGUGUGCCUGGAGUCCAGGAAACACGCCCUGGGUGUCUUCCGCGACUAAGGAGACUAGUCAACGUCCCGGGAUGCGAACCGGACCGAGUCAAUGACUUGCUUCUACUCAGUCCUUCGGAGUCACAUGGGAGUUGCGGCACAGACACCGAGUCUUCAGAGAAUUGCAAUUCACAUGUUGUGUUUUUUCCUGGAGACAUACAGAACUUCCAGCAGGAUAUGGCUCUCCAGCCGGACGGAGCACAGUGGCUGUCUUGGAGCCUGGAGCUUGUCGCCCUCACCCUUGCUCGCCGCUUUCCCAAUCGUCACAUUUGGGUGAUCCGAGCCUCUCGUAUGUAUCUGCACAAGUUCAGCUGCUACCACAACUUUGUGGAGAGCAACCUGUUCGGAGCACCUGAGCACUCAACUGACUAUGGAGCAUUCCGCCACCUCAGGGCACUGCUGAGCAACGGCAUGGAGCAAGCUGGCCUGUCAAACUUACUUCCACCUAAAGGGGUUGGUGACAGAGUCGCCCCUGGUUUUACCUUGGCCGUGGUGGGCUUCAGCAAAGGCUGUGUGGUGCUCAACCAGAUGGUAUACGAGCUGGCUAUGACACGAGCUGACCCGGAGCUGGGGCCGUUUGUAGAGUGCCUCUCAGACAUGUACUGGCUGGACGGCGGUCACCCGGGAGGUAGCGAGACCUGGGUGACAGACAAGCGGGCGCUGGGGGAGCUGGCGGCCAGCAGGGUUGCAGUCCACGUUCACGUGACCCCUUAUGAGGUGCGUGAUCCCAUGCGGGCCUGGGUGGGCCGUGAGCAUGGACGCUUUGUCAAGAAACUCGAGGAGCUCGGGGCACGUCUCAGCCAGAAGCUGCAUUUUGAAGAUGAGCCAGCCUCAAUUGAGAACCACUUCCGGAUUAUCCAGGAUUUUUGAGAUUUUCAUUUUUCUGUUGCAGCGUUAGGCAUCUCUAGUCCUGGGGCCUCAUUAAUCAGCUAUACGUAAAUGUCUAACUGAAUUCUGGCGCUCAAUCCUAAGAUUGGGAUAUGCUCAAUCCUGUGAUAUGCGGGAAAGUGGCGCGCACAGGUUUAUUGUAAUUGAGACCUUCGUUAAAUGAGUCUUCUUCACUGAAUGUCUUCGAUUUAACUAACUUGGCAGACCAGAUGUAUUGAAUUUAGUCAGUUCCUGAAAUGGACUGACUGGACUGUUGGAGUUUCUAGUUGGGAGAGUACCAGCCGCUCUUCAGGAACGGUUGCAAAGUAAAAUAAAAACCAGGUGGGUCUGAGCUAACACUGAGCUAACACUGAGCUUCAAAGUCAGAUAUUGUGCAAGGGACUCUUCCAUACCAAAGUCAAUCUACAAUAUUACUCUCCCUCGCUUCCUGGACUUACCUCAUUUUCAGGAUGUAAGGGGCUCAAAUAUUAUUUAGGCUUUGAAAGCCAAGAAUCACAAUUCUAAUUGAAGUGCAUUGCCCUUAUCUAGAGACCCCUAAGUAAUUUCAGCCAGGUAUUUUAUUCUCUGCUGCUAUAAACGAAAAGUACCUUUUUUUGCAUGUGAAGAUGUGAAUAUAUCACAGAAUGCACCUUAGGAGUACAGCAAAUUCUGUUUGAAAUUCCAAAUGUCUGUAUUGGCUAAAGUUGAGCAGUGUCAUAUUUGCGCUGCUGCUCUGAUAUCUGUAACGUGUUAUGCUACAUUAUAUGCCAGGUGGUUCAAAUCCAAAGUGCUGAUAUCCGUGGUAUACCACAAUUUAGAUGUCAUAACACCAUUUACUGCUUUAAUUUUGUUGACAACUGAUUUAUAAUAGCAAUACGUCAUUUCAGGGUUGUGGCAUAUUGCAAAUAUACACUGGCUAAGCACUGUCCAGGCAGCCGUAGACAUGGUAUAUUGGUCCAAUACCACAGCCCCUGUCUUAUUGCUAACAUAUACACUGCUGAAUGUGCAAUGAACCGCAUUGAUAUACUUUUGAAUUCCCGCCAUCAGUCUCCCCUUUUCAGAUUUUCUAAUGUGGAUGUGUGAGGUUUCUUUCAAGUAUUUUGGUGGACAUGCAUGACUCCUUCCAUUGAAUAUAGUGAAAGGAAGAAAAAAAAAAUCUAUUGGACUUAAUGUCAAGGGACAUUCCAAGUAACAAGUCAAUUUCCUGAUAUUGUUUGGGUCAAGCUAAUAGAGCUGCUUUGCACGACUGUCCUGGAUUACUUGUAACUGUUUCAUUGGGUUCCCAACUACAAUGAAUGUAUUUUCUAUGUCAUAUUCAUUCCAUGUUUUCUGUAUGCUGCUUUUUUAGAACAUGCUAACCCUAGCGGUUCAAAAUUAUGUGUAAAGUGUACAUUUGUUAUUUUUCCGUCAUUAAUGGAAAAUGUUGUUUGUGAAUGCUUGAAUGACUAAGUACAUAAAGCUACAUGUAUGUUGUGUGACACAGCAAUCAUGAAAAAGGCAGUUAUCGUUGUGGUAAAUGUUAAUAAAUCAUUAUUAUGCCAAUUUCAAA